AUGAAGAUAAAGAGUGAUUAUGUCUUCUUCAUGGUACUGGGAAUCAUUACUGCUGUGGUAGCAGCAGUUGCAUCAGUCGUAAUUUGGAUGGUUCUUAAGAAAGUUCAGGUAAUGAAAAAUGAAAUGGAGAAGGAGAAAACAGGAACAGAGAAAGCAACAACGAAAACAGUCAAGAAACCAACUCAGAAGCUGGAGGAUAAUGAGGAAUACAUGGAAUUGGAUAAGAAUGCUGAGAAGUUGCAAGAGGAGUUGCAAGCAGAGUUGAUUAGGGAGGAAAAUGACUAUUUGGCCUAUGAACAUGAACUUGAAGAAGCAGAUGACAAUACAAAGGUGAUGGCAGAAUGGAAAGAAAGAGAGAAGAGGAAUCAGGAAAAGAGAAUUAGGAAGUAA